AGCAACGUCAAUUCCCGCUGCGUCGUCGCUCUUAGCAACUUCGGCAAUGCAAUCACGAACGCGUGUUUAUAAAAUAGCGUGGCAGACUGCAGAAACGGUUGUUUGAUGCCGAACGCGAACGCAGAGGUUUGAACAGCUGACCACGGAGCAGCGGCAAGCGAACGGUUUACGGUGUUUUAUUGUGCUUUUCACAGAGCAAUUCGAACAGAAAAUUAUUGAAACAAAGUUAAAGUGAUUGUAUAAAAGAAGACUUAUGCAAGCAAUAUAGUGCGCGGAGUUCUUAAAUUAAACUGCCAUUUCGGGAAUAAGAAAACAGUGUAGUGUUUACGUGUCAAUAAUUCGUGCGCUAAGAUAAAAGCAAAAACUGAAAGCAGUUACAACUAACUAACGAUAUUCGGUGGCAAGCAAUAUUCGCCAACACACAAACAUAAUCUACCAUAGGCUGUUAAUAUUUGCAAGUUACUUGCAAGGGAGACCGUGAAACGGUAAAUCGAAAAUAUCGUAAGGUUAAAACAGUGUAUACAAGAACUGUGCGCACAUACUCACCUACAUACUUGUAUUAUAAGCAGCGCUUUACAUAAGCACAGCUAAUGGACUCAAAAGACUAAAGCAACGAACUCGGUUGGCUGUGUGGCUUGUAGUACGUACAUAAACGCCAGUUUGAAAUCUUUAUCGACAGCUCAACGCACAAACGCCAAAAAGUGGGUGAUGCCUUGAAAGAAGCGCUUUUGGCGGAAAAAGAUAUACAAAAAUAUAUGGAAACAACAACAAUAUUUAGCAGCGAUUUCCUUUUCCUUUACCAAGCAACAAGAACAUACGAACGAAACUGGAUCGUGCAGAUCUGAUCAAAAGCGUGCAGACAGAGGCUUACCACUAACAAAGCAAUAACAAGUGUGGCACAAUAACAACAAAUGCAUUAAGAUUAUUAGAGUGUCACAUUAGUGUUUACUUUCAAAAGCAAAUCAUUAAGCUAAAACAAAAUCAAAAAUAAAAAAAGCUAAUUGUCUAUAACAACAACAAGCCGUAAAUAUGUCAACCGGUCGCUGCGAUUGUCUGGUGAGCGUGCCAACCGGUCCCACAUUAGCAUCCACUUGUGGCGGCAGCGCAUUCAUGCUCUUCAUGGGUCUGCUAGAGGUGUUCAUACGCUCGCAAUGUGAUCUCGAGGAUCCCUGUGGCCGCGCCACGCCAAGGUUUCGUUCGGAGCCCGAUUAUGACUAUGAUUUUAUUGUGAUUGGCGGCGGCUCAGCUGGUGCGGUUGUUGCAUCGCGUCUCUCAGAGGUACCGCAAUGGAAAGUGUUGCUCAUCGAAGCAGGCGGAGAUGAACCGGUCGGUGCGCAAAUACCUUCGAUGUUCUUGAAUUUCCUUGGCAGUAAUAUUGAUUGGCGCUAUACUACCGAGCCGGAAAGUAGUGCUUGUUUAGGCUCAGAAGGACGGCGUUGUAGCUGGCCGCGUGGCAAAGUUUUGGGCGGCACAUCGGUACUGAACGGGAUGAUGUAUAUGCGUGGCAACCCCGAGGACUAUGAUAAUUGGGCUGCAUUGGGCAAUCCCGGUUGGUCAUAUGAGGACGUACUACCAUUCUUUAUGAAAUCAGAGGACAAUUUACAAUUGGAUGAGGUGGAUAAGAGCUUACAUGCGAAGGGUGGACCGCUACCAGUUUCACAUUUCCCCUACAAUCCUCCAUUGGCGUAUGCAAUAUUGAAGGGCGGCGAGGAGAUGGGCUACACGGUGCAGGAUUUAAACGGUCGCAACUCCACCGGUUUUAUGAUUGCCCAGAUGACAGCUCGCAAUGGCAUACGUUGGAGUUCGGCGCGUUCAUUCCUACGUCCGGCCCGUAAUCGCAACAAUCUACACAUUCUGCUGAACACUACUGCCUCGAAGGUACUAUUCAAGCCCGACAGUAAAACAGUUGUUGGCGUAGAAGUGAUCGAUCAGUACGGUAGCUCACGUAAGAUAUUCGCCAAAAAAGAAGUGAUCGUCAGCGGUGGAGCCGUGAACUCACCACAAAUACUACUGCUCAGCGGUAUCGGACCAUCUGAUGAGUUAACGAAGGUAAACGUACGCCCCAUACACAAUCUUCCCGGUGUUGGCAAAAAUUUACAUAAUCACGUCGCCUACUUCACCAACUUCUUUAUCGAUGACACAGACACGGCACCGCUAAAUUGGGCCACUGCUAUGGAAUAUUUACUCUUUCGCGAUGGUCUUAUGUCCGGCACAGGCAUAUCGGAUGUCACCGCCAAAGUGCAUACACGCUACGCCGAUGAACCGAAUGUGCCCGAUUUACAACUGUACUUCAGCGGCUACGCGGCCAGUUGUUCGCGUACGGGUCAAGUGGGCGAACUGCUUUCCAACAACAUGCGUUCCAUACAGGUUUUCCCCGCAGUAUUGCAUCCCAAAUCGCGUGGUUCCAUUACGCUUGCCACCACUGAUCCGCUAGCACCGCCGCGUAUCAUCGCCAAUUAUCUUACCGAUGAUCGCGACGUGAAAACACUCAUUGAAGGUAUAAAAGUCGCAAUUAAACUGUCGCAGACAACACCGCUCAAGCAGUAUGGUAUGCGCGUGGACAAGACACUGGCAACGGGCUGCGAAACGUUAACUUUCGGCACGGAUGCGUAUUGGGAAUGUGCAGUACGACGCGACACUGGACCGGAAAAUCAUCAAGCCGGUUCUUGUAAAAUGGGUCCCGCGAACGAUCGGAUGGCCGUGGUGGAUCAUGAGCUGCGCGUACAUGGCGUGCGGGGGUUGCGUGUCAUGGAUACGUCCAUAAUGCCACAGGUAACAUCUGGAAACACGCAUGCGCCUGCGGUUAUGAUCGCCGAGAAGGGUGCGUACAUGGUGAAGCGUGCAUGGGGUGCCAAAGUUUGACGGCUAGACGCAACAUGGACGCUGCAUAGAGUAAUUUAGUAAAGAAAACAUCAGAAAACCAUUUACUUUAAUAAGAAUUUUGUUGACAAAGAUAGAAAAAAUACAAAGCAAAUUCAAAAAAAAAAAUCAUUAAAAACUAAAAAAGAUAGUAGAAAAAUCUACAAAAUAAAAUUUUAUUAUUAAAGUAAUUAUUUUAAAAUUAAAAAGAUAUUUAUUAGUAUAAAAACCAUUAUUUAAACACAUUUCCUGUCAAACUUCCUAACUUCACAUUAGGUAACUCAAUCCAUUUAUGUAAUUUAAUAUUCGAUCUAAACUAGAAACUAUUUGGUGAAUCACUCACGAACUCUCUGCCGCGCUUCAUCGUUGCCUGACCACAUUUAAUACACUCUCGCACACUUCUAAGUAUAUACACACUAAAGAAUACACUUUAUAACCUUUAUUGUUAGUAUAACUCCUCGCUUCAAUACCAACCAACUGCACCUUAAUUUAAUUCAUCGAAUAAUUAACAGUUAUAUUUUAUUUUGAGAAAAAUAUAAAAAUAAAAUUCUCUGCAAAUUUUAUAUAAAAGGUCUCAAUAUAACAUAUAAUUGCAAAUAUUUAAAAUCAAAUUGUUUAUAUUGUUCUGAGGAGUAAUUAAUAAUAUUAAUCAAAUCCAAAACAUUUUAAACUAGGAUUGCAUUAUGUUUAAAAGAACUAUCUGUAUGUAUUUGUAUCAACUAUAUUUUCGUUGUAUAUUUCCGAUAUGAAAAACUUAUAUUUAUUAUUACAAUAUUUGAUAAUUUAAACAAUAUAUCUGAACAAUUUCUUUCUUGACUUAGUAGAAUGGAAUGCGUGUUCUUACUUGUAUGAAACACCUUGUAUGUGUAGCAGAUUAUAUAAAUAAAUAAAUAAAUAUAUGUUUAUGUUGAA